AUGGUCUCCGUCACUAUUUCCUCGACAAAACCCACCUCCCUUGCAAAGGGCCUACCGGCCAUCCUCGACUUCUCCGGCAAAAGCGCGGAUGUGGUCACUGUCGCAGACGUAAAACGCGCUUUCACCGCAAAAUACCCCAAUUUCUAUCCUUCUCGUCAAAAAUUGUCUCUCAAAGGGGAGAGUAAAUCCUUGCCAGAUGAGGCCACGCUCUCCAGCAUUGGUCUGAGCGACGGUGGUGAGCUGGCGGUCAAGGACUUGGGUCCCCAAAUAAGCUGGACGACGGUGUUUGUGAUUGAAUACCUGGGGCCGCUUGUUGUGCAUCCUCUUAUGUACCAUGUCCCGAAGCUAUUCUAUGGCCAGGAUGUUCAACAUAGCUCUCUGCAGAAAUACGUGUACGGAAUGGUUAUGGCUCACUUCUUGAAACGUGAAUACGAAUCCGUCUUCGUACAUCGGUAUUCACAUGGUACUAUGCCAUUCGCCUAUGUUUUCCGCAAUUCCUUCCAUUACCACAUCCUUGGGGGAGUGACACUCGCAUACGCCGUCUACAGCCCUACGUACUCCGCCGCUUCAUCCUACAUCCUGGAUACUAUCCGCGACAACCCCAUGUUCUUGAAAGCUUGUGCUGCGGUUUGGCUGUGGGCUGAAGUAUCGAAUCUCAAGACCCACUUGAUUCUGCGCGACCUUCGCCCUGCAGGGACCAAGAAGCGAGCUGUUCCCUAUGGAUACGGCUUUAACAUGAUUACCUGCCCGAAUUACUUCUUCGAAAUCAUUGGUUGGUUCAUCGUGUGCGCCAUGACGGGCAGUUACGCUGCCUGGGUCUUCCUGAUUGCUGGCUCAUAUAUGAUGGCAAUCUGGGCGAUCAAGAAGCACAAAAACUACAAGAAGGAGUUCGGUAAGGACUAUCCAAAGCGAUACAAGAUGAUCCCUUUCGUCUUCUAG